AUGGCACCAUUCUUCCGCCUCGCCAGUAUUGCAGCAGCCUUGUUCGCUGUAUCCAUGAUCGCUCAAGCAUCUGUCAUUCCUGCCCCAGUCUUGACCCCCCAGUCGUCCAACCCGGAACUUACCAAGAAUGCCCACUUUGAGCACCUCGAGAAGCGCGAAUACGGAGUCAUCACCUCUUGCAGAGUCCCCGGCACAGUUGCCAUGACCUUUGAUGAUGGUCCAUACAAGUUCACCAACCAGCUGCUCGACCUCUUGAAGCAAGCCGGUGUCAAGGCAACCUUCUUUGUCAACGGUGACAACAUUGGCAAUAUCUACCAGUAUGACUGGAUUGUCAAGCGUGCCUACCAUGAGGGCCACCAGAUUGCAUCUCAUACCUGGGGACAUGCUGAUCUGACAACUCUGUCGUACGACCAGAUCCACAGCCAGAUGACCAAGCUGGACGAUGCACUCCAGAGCAUCAUCGGUGUGCGCCCCGUCUACAUGCGUCCUCCCUACGGAUACUUGAACGGUGCCGCACAUAGCUACCUUAACGACAAGGGUUACAAGAUUGUCAAGUGGAUGAUCGACACCAACGACUGGGCUCACCCUGGCGACGUCGCCUCUUCCUUCUCAGCAUACCAGCACGCCGGUGGACCAGGUUUCAUUGCCCUUGAGCACGACACCCUCGAGUCGACUGUAAACGAUCUUAUCCCACGGGCAAUUGAGUACGCCAAGAACCGUGGUUGGGAGCUUGUCACUGUAGGCGAGUGCUUGGGUGUCAGCCAGGACGGCUGGUACCGCUAA